CUACAGCACUUCCUUUUCCGCCACAUCAAUUCUUCUGGGUGGUGCAACUUUUUGGUCGUGUCCUCAAUAUCGGACUCAUCCAACACAACUUCGAAGAAUUGAAGCUAUUCAACUGUGUAGUAAAGCUUAAAACAUGCCUCCUAAAUUUGAUCCAACCGCAGUUUCCAUUGUCUAUGUGAAGGCAGUGGGAGGAGAAGUACCAGCAACAUCAUCUCUGGCUCCUAAAAUCGGUCCCCUUGGUCUGUCCCCAAAGAAGAUUGGUGAUGACAUUGUGAAGAACACUGGUGACUGGAAGGGUCUGAAAAUCACAGUUCGAUUGACUGUACAGAACAGACAAGCCAAAGUUGAUGUGGUACCCAGUGCUGCUUCCCUCCUCAUUAAGGCAUUGAAAGAGCCACCUAGGGACAGGAAGAAGGUCAAACAUGUAAAACACUCUGGCAAUUUAACAUUUGAUGAUAUUCUAAAAAUUGCACGUACCAUGAGAGAGAGAAGUAUGGCCAAACAUUUGUCCGGCACUGUAAAGGAAAUUCUGGGAACAGCCCAGUCUGUGGGUUGCCAAGUAGACGGUAAGGCACCACAUGAUGUUAUUGAUGAAGUUAAUGAAGGUGGAUAUGAUAUCCCAGACGAGUAAAGGUCAAGAAAAAUGAAUUGACUUGUGAAGAGAAAAACAAUAAUAAAAAAAAAAUAACAACUGGUCUUUUUAAUCAUUUAAAAACCCAUAAAGGUAAUUUCAUUUACAAGAUUUCAACACCGAGAAACAUGUAUGCCAAAUCUGU